ACCCAGUGCCCGGCUCCCAGGGCCCCGCACCACCUCACUGCCCACUCCUGCUGCCCGGGCACAGGGAGCCAUGCCCAGGGAGGCUGGAGAAGACAGCAUGGGACGGGCCGAGGGGGCUUCAGCAGCAGAGCCUGGGGACCCUGAGAGCGGUGAGCCUGGAGCCAUCAGCCUGCGCCCUGUGGAGUCCAUCAGCGAUCUGCACUGGGCCUCGGGCGGGCACAAGGGCACUGAGGGCAACGGCCCAGCUCCCCCCAGCAGCCUGCACUGGCCCCCGCCUCGCCCCACAACCCCUGGCUCCCCACCGCUGCUGCCCACUCUGCGCCCUGUGCCCACCGCUCCCCUCUGCCCUGGCCACCCCCUGCUCCUGGCCCUGCUGGGGCUCGUGGCGCUGGUGAGCCUGGUCCUGGCCACACUGGCUGUAUACCUGAGUGUCCUGCAGAGCCAGUCGGUGCGGGCGCUGGCCCAGUGGCUGGAGACCCAAGAGGAUGCCGUGCACCAGCUCCAGGCAGCCAACGGGCGGCUCUGGGCUCACCUCAACACCAGCGCCCAGCCUGGUGGGCACCGCUGACCCGCUCCUGGCCCCCCCACAGGCACUGGCUCACUAUGGAAAGGGGUACUGAAGGGCGGGAGGGGGAAGCGGGCAGCACUACCAGCCCCACACCGGUUCAGGCCUGGCAGCAUGGCCCCAUGUGGUGCACAGUAGUAGCAGAGGCAAUUCUGGCCCCUACCCUAGGCUGUGGGAGAAAGGGACAUGGCUGCAAGGACUGGCACCCGGGAGUGACAGCCCUUAUUGCUAACAAGGCGGCAGAAGGCACUCUCCAAUUAGCCUUUUAAUUACCUCCUGUAACCAAAGUCUUAGAAAAUCACCACCACAGAUACAUUCCUGGGGCAAAAGGCA